AUGAAUGCGCGUGAGUUGCAGUCCUUGUAUGCAGAUCUUAGCCAAAGACUGAAUGUCCCUGUGAGUGGACAGUUCGUUCCUGAAAGAUUGGGGCAGUCGCCACCUGAUUUGAAUGUGCCAGCUUUUGUGAGACAUCAAGGUAACACGUUACCUGGUGUUCCAGCUGAAAAUGCGAGGAGCAGUGAAGACAAAGACGUCUUUAGUCGCAGUGAGAAGUGGCUAGGGUCUCCACCUUCGCCAAAUCAUCAAGCGUGGAAAGGGCGUGAAUCUGAAGUGCUGGGCAUGAAUGCCUAUAUUCACGAGUUGGUUGCAUGGGCGAAUCAAGCAAGUGUUGAGUUUGGAAAGGAGAUCGCUCAGGCCGCGCGAUGGCCUACACAGAUUGCAUGGAACACGUUGUCUAAGAGUCAACAAGCGCGAGGAGUUCGUUUGUUUAGUGUGCUGAAGGCAGCGUUUGCAGAUCAUGGGCGGAUAACUCUUAUGAUCCAAAGCUUCGGAGAAGGGCUUGACAUUGUUGCAGUCGCCAUGCAGGGAGAUGUUUUCGGGAACUCUCUUUCGUAUAUGGGUAAUGGUUUUGAGUUGCUUAGGCAGCUUGCCAAGGAGUUUUCUUUGAGAAGUCGUGCUGAGGCUAUGAGUCUCAGGGCGAUGCUGAUGGCAAGAACGUUUCGAGCGCAAGACUCGUCAGCUCCAGUUGCUGACACAGUGCGUCAGAUUGAGGUGGCAGUGGCAAGGUUUGUGCGUUUACUUUCGACGCUAGAUCCUAGAGAUGCUGCUGGGUUUGCUUUGACUGACAGUGAUCAGCUUACGCUUUUGAUGAGGUCUUUGCCUGAGAGCGCAAAGGCGUAUACGUUACAUCAUUCGCAGGGUGAGACAUAUGCCUCAUAUCGAUCUUCAGCUUUGCGAUGGGAACAUCAGCAGCGUUUGUUUCUUGAGUUGCAAGGGGCCAAAGGUUUGUUUGGCUUGCAUGAAACCGAGUUUUCUGAGAGCGCAGGUUCGCCUGAGGCAGGUGAGGGAAUGGAUGGUCACGUCUUUGGCAUGAGUGCUAGGCCUUCUGAUGCUGGGAGCGGUGUGAAGUGCAACCGUUGUGGCAAGAAGGGGCAUCAAGUGAAUCAGUGCACGGCAGACCUUUCCAAGGUUAAGUGCUUCAAGUGCGGAGAGAUGGGCCACAUAUCUUUGAACUGUGCCAAGGGCAAGCAGGGUGAUGUUUCUCAGUCGAGUGCGAGACCUAAGGGUUCUGAUGGCAAAGGUGCUGCUGCGGCCAAGGGUCAAGUUUCUUUUUCGCCUAAAGGCAAGAGCAAAGGAAAAGGAGGAAAGAAAGGAAAAAUGUUUGCUCUGUUUGAUGAGGAGACAGGGGUUUGGUGGUACACAGAUGCUGAUGAAUCUUUUUACACCGAAGAAGGUGAUGAGCAAGAAGCACAGCAGGUGGACUCCACUCUUGUGUUAUCUUGUGUCAUUGAGUUAACUGAUGAGCCCAAUACGCGUUUUGAAGCUGUCCUUGAAGACAGCGAGUCGGUGUCUGUUGUGCUCCAAGAGCAGUUGUGUCAACCUUUGUUGCAGUCGUUGGGUCAGUCGCUUGGAAGUGAGUUUUGGCUGCUUGACUCAGGUGCGUCAUGCUGUGUUAUCAACCAUGUGACGUUGAAGACGCUUCCGCAUGAUGAGUUGACUGCAUGUGGUUCGACGUUUAUGGCUGCGAAUGGGACUCCUGUUCCCUUUGAUGGUCGUUGCCAUGUUGUGCUAAAGGUUCGCACAAAGGAUUCAAGUGGAGCUACCAAGAAUGGUGUCUGCAAGAUUCCUGUGAUGGUGGGUGACACUCCUUACAAUAUCCUGUCAACGCGAACUCUUGGAAGGCAUGGUUGGCGUGUUGUCUUGGAUGAAGGCGUUUCUGUGUGUCAUGUGAAGUCGGGUGUUGAUAUGAUUGAUACCUGUAUUUGGUGUGACACGCCUUGGAUCCGCGUGAUUCCUCAUUCAGAAGGUGAUCUCUUGUUGCCGUCGGAUGCCUCAGUUGAUCCUGCUCCAAUUUCCUCGAUUGGACAUGUUGCAGUUGUUUCGCAGAAGACCAAGGAAGAUCUUGAAAUUCACAGAGCAAAGGGCCACAUGCCCUUCCAUCCUGAUUGCGAGCAUUGUCUGAAGUCCCGAGGUGUUACCCAACACAGGCGAAAGUCUGAGCGCGGAGUGGAAACAGAGAUUGUUGCAGAUUUUAUGUUUCUCGACUCUUCUGGAGAGACGAUCAGCGUAGCUGAGCGCCAGACAAGUAGCUCUUUCAAGGUCCUCGUCCUUCGUGAGGCCUUUUCUUCUUCUAUUGGGGCUGUGAUGAUAACUGAGAACAUUGCAAAGGACAGAGGUCUUCUUUUGAAGUGGCUUGCUGAGUUUGGGUUGUCGUCCUCACAGGCAAGCAUUGUGCUUUUGACAGAUUCCGAAGAAGCGGUGAAGUCGUUUGUUGCAGGUGCGUCGGAUAAGUACAUCUUUAUGGUGCGCAAGGCUGCGCCACAAGCUCAUGAACAGCUUGGUGGUGCGGAAAGGACAGUCCGGGUCCUUAAAGAAGGGCUAGCUACUCUGCAAAGUGAUUUUCAGUCGCUUGGUUGCGUUUUGUCGUUUCGGAGAGACUUGUUGCAGCUUGCACUUUCUUACCUGUGCAUGAGUGUGAAUUCGAAUGGCAAAGCUUUUGGCGGUGAACGCUCUCCAAAGGAGGUUGCAGUUGGUCGAAGGUUGCCAGAUACCCCUUUUGCGUUGUUUGGGUCCAAGGUGCUUGCUGAGGUCCCUGAGUCUGUGAAGGCUUUGUGCCCGAAUAUGUCGCGUUUUGAGGCGGCAGCUUUUCUUCACCCGCAAUUUGGGUCGCUUGGGAGCUUGGUGUAUGCGCAUGUGCGUGUGGGCCAGGUCUUGACGCCAAAGGUGUUUGUUGCCAAGUCGAUCAAGCUUGUGUUUCCGAUUGAGCUUGUCUUCGAGUCGGGGAUGUUUGAAGUUUUGCGUCGUCGUGGUGAGCUUGGUCCUGAGAGGCCAGAUCAUCCAGUUGCGCCUCGAAUUCUUCCGAGUUCCCAGGGUGCCUCUUUGAAGUGUCCUGUUUCCGGUCCGCCAAAGGAGUUUUUUGAGAGGUAUGGGUUCUCAGGUGAGUGCCGAGCGUGUUCUAACAUGGCACAAUUUGGGUCUAGGAAGGGCUCUUCUCACGGUCGGGCUUGCUGUUUGAGAUAUGAAGCGUGGUUGCGGUCGCAAGUUGCAACAGAUGACAGCAUGGACGUUGAAGUGCCUGUGGCUUCGGAUGCAGAGGCUAUGCGUGAAGCUCUUUCUGAGCUAGCCGAGGAUGAGUCGAGGCAAGACCGAGCUGUGGAGGAGGCUCAGGGUUCUCCUUUGCCUCCCCCGGCCAAUGGGGACGCUGCUUCGUCUGAGGCUCCAGCGAGGAUUGUGAGCGAGGCGGCCCCCAGUGGUCGUGUUUUCACGCGUGGUUGUCCUGCGUGCGAGUCUGGCAUGAAUGCUCCUGGCAUUCGUCACAAUGCUGAUUGCAAGCGAAGGAACCAACGUCUCAGUGUUAGAUUUUCUGUUUCUGGGGAGCCCGAUGAUGACGAAGCUUCAUCCAGGCGUCUGCCUGACAAUCUUGAAGGAGCUGCUGCUCCUGAGUCUGAGGGCAUUGGGGCUCUUGAUGAGGACACUGAGAUGCCGUUUGCCGAUCCAGUGUUGACUGGAAGUGAAGGCGGAGGCAGCCUAGAGGCUGAAGAAGUGCUUCGUGGAAGCAGUGCUGUGAAACGCUCCUCUGAAGUCCCGUUGGAAGAUCUGGAGCGUGAGAUCAGGCAGGACCAAGAAAGGGUUUCCUCUGUCAGUGUCUUCGGUGACAGGGGUCCCUGUUUGCUGUUGGUCUAUGUGGAUGAUUUUCUGUGCAUUGCGCCAACAAAGGAGGAUGCAGAUCACAUCUUUGAGGUGAUUGAGAAGAAAGUUGAACUCAAGAGAACCGGGUUGAUCAAUUCUUCCAAGGAUGGCGGUGGCACUUUGCGGUUUAUUGGUAGGGUUAUCUCCAGGAGAAAGGGGGAGUCCUCUAUCACAGUGUCUUUGCCAGAAGAUUAUUUGGAUGAGACCUUCAAGGCUUAUGGUCUUUCGGGAAAAGGUUCCUCAAGUCCUCCAGAUGUUGCGGUUCAUGUUGAGAAGCAAGAUGGGGUUCCAUUGUCUCCUGAGGCGUAUGCCAGGUUCAGGUCUGCGUUGGGGAAAGUAGCUUGGAUGACGCAGACUCGUCAGGACUUGCGUGCUUAUGUGUCAAUCUUGGCAACGCAGCAAGCCACACCCACGAAUCAUACUGAGCAUGGUCUCCGAGCCUUGCUUCGAUUUCUGAAGAACGACAUGUGCGUGGUUGUGCGGUUGCCUGCUGCGAGUGAUGUGUUGGCUCCCUCGCAACACUACCAAGGAAAGAGGCACCUUGUGUGUUUCUCUGACGCAUCGCAUGCGCCUUUGAGGUGCACGAAGCGCCGUGGCAUCAGUGGAGGAGUGUUGACACUUGAUGGCUGCGUGAUAAAGACUUUGUGUCGUCACCAACAGCUUGUGUCGCUGUCGUCUAUGGAGUCAGAGCUGUUUGCGUUGCAGUCGGUUGCUCAAGAAAUGUCGAGUCUUGGAAAGUUCAUGGCAAGGGUCUUCAUGUCGUUUCGAGAAAGCGAGGAAGUUGAAUUGCCUGGGAUACUUUACAGUGACUCAGAAAGCGCUUUGAAGCUUCUUCGCAAUUUGGACACACCCAGACAAAGCAGACAUCUUGAGAUAAGAGUCGAGUGGCUUAAAGCUCGUGUCGCAGCGGGUUCUUUGGUCCUUGCGUUUAAGAAGGGAAUCGAAAAUCCGUCAGACCUCUUGACUAAAUGUUUGGGGUCCUCGGCUUUCGGGAUACAUCGCGAAGCGUUGGGCUUUGAGUCGCUGUCGGGACCACUUGCGUCUUUGUGCAAUCAUGAGAAGAGAUUGGUGAUGGUUGAAGUGUGCUGUCGACCGCAGUCGAGUGUUCAAGGUGCAUGUCGCAGAGUCGGGAUGAGUUACGUUGGCGUGACUGAGAACAUGCAGAGUGACAGCGUGUUCAAAGAGGUGCGUCGAUAUCUUCUGAACUUUGCGUGUGACUGCGUGUUUGUGCAUGUGUCCACGCCUUGCUCUUCUGGAUCUUACUUGCGUCGGUUCUCUGGCGGGAACUCGUCGAAGUCGGAUUGGGAAUGGUUUGAGGUGUUUCCUUGUGUGUUGAAGUACUUGAAGCUUGGGAAGCACUCGAGCUUUGAGCUGCCAUGGAACAAUGAGAUUUGGCAACAUGACUUGUGCCAGAAGGUGCUGAAGAAGGCAGGCCACACGUUCGAUGUGCCGGUGAGGUUGUGCAUGACUGGUGUGCUAAGCAUGCAAGUCUGUGGCAAGUUGGGUGGACCGAAACAGGUUUUUACACUCCGAAACUCGCUGAUGCGAUUGUUCGAGGUGCGAACUCGUGCUGCCAUGGUUCUCACGACCGAUGAGCGCAGGGAGCUGCGCCGUUUGCUGGAUAAGAUGGAUUCUGCAGAUGGCUUGGCUUCGACUGCCAAUACUUCUAUGACUGAUGGGACCAAGCGUCUCAGAGAUGUGGGUGGAUAUCCAGAGGAUGGGUCUACUGCAUCAGGAUCUGCUUGCGGUGCCCAGCUGCCGAUUUCAAAGGGAAGCGCAAAGGGUGCUGUGAGCACUCCCAAGUGUUAUGAAGACCUCGUCGAUGCAUUCGAGGGGGAAGAGUUUGGGGAUAGCGACAAUGUGAUUGUCGUGAGCUAUGCAGGUACUGAGGUCACCUCGGUGCCACUUCCAAGUAAUCUAUCUAUGGAGGAUUGGGGUCGGACAAUCUGCGAUCUGCCAAAGGUCCAGAAGAAUAAGAUGUGGUUUAAGAAGUCCUAUGCGACCUUGGUCAAGCUUGCCAAGGAGGAUAGCGACCUUGCAAGCUACCUCAAUUGGAUCAAGGAGAAAUUUGGUCGCAAUUAUGAUCCGACGACCUCCUCCAGUCAGUCCUCGGACCUUGCGGGGUAUUUGAUGAGGAUUGGUUUUUCAAAGCAGAAGGGAUUCCAGCGCAAGUUGGCGGAGGAGUAA